AUGAAAACCACUUCAUUCUGUGCACUGACACUUCUAUGGUCUGCUUGUGUUGACUGCUUGGCGUUCCAGCUUUUGCAGAAGGUCUACGAUGUUAAUCCCGUAGAUGAGUUUAAGGGGAAUGCUGAUAAAAGAGACCUCAGAAUCGGACAAUUGAACUUUUUCCAAACAACUGACGUACACGGCUGGCUUGGAUCUCAUCUUACGCAACCUAUUUAUGAUGCGGAUUGGGGGGAUUUUGUGUCUUUUACAGAUAUAUUCAAAAAAUCCGUGCUGGGAUCCAACGACUUGAUUUUAAUCGAUACUGGCGACAAACACGACGGAAAUGGUAUAAGUGACGCUACCGAUCCUCCUGGUAUCGAGUCUGGCCGUAUUUUUAAUGAGCAGGACUACGACUUGAUGACGUUGGGCAACCACGAACUUUACACAGAGUUGAAUACAGAGCUAGAAUACUACGGAACUGCGCUGAUUGACAAGUUCAAAGACAAGUAUGUGUCCAGCAACGUCGAGUUUAUACAUGAAAAUGGCACUUCGGUGCCCUUCGGCAACAAAUAUCGGUAUUUUGAAACACCGCAACUGAAAUUUAAGGUUUUGGCGCUUUCCUUCAUGUUCGACUUUCAACGCACUAACGCGCGCGCCAAAGUUACUCCUGCUACUGAGGAAGUCAACAAAGAAUGGUUUGCGCAGCUUUUGAAAGACCAUCCUGCAGAAGAAAUUGAUGUCUUGGUUGUAUUUGGCCACAUGCCGAUUACGGAUCCACAAGACCGGGAAAUUAACCAUUUGCAUACUAUUCUUCGGAAAUUCUAUCCCAACACAGUCAUUCAGUAUUUUGGCGGACAUUCACAUAUUCGUGAUUUCGCAGUCUUAGAUUCCAUGUCAACGGGUCUUCAAAGUGGACGAUUUGCAGAAACGUUGGGCUUCUUGUCCAUUGAUGACGUACGUGAAGGUGAACCCAAAUUUUUCCGGCGUUACAUUGACUUUAGCAAAAGUUCCUUUGCAUUCCAUGCAAAAUUGGCUUCUAGCAGUGAUUUGGAAACUUCUCGUGGUAUAGCCCUUUCAAAAAGGAUAAAGGCUUUGAGAGAAUCUCUUAACUUAACGCAGGUGUUGGGCUAUGUACCUGAAAACUACUACAUGUACAAUGCCCCUUCUGAUUCCAAGAACAACAUUUACAACCUCAUCACGAACAAAGUUCUACCUCGCUUGCGGUCAAACGUGACGGACGACAGGAAAAAUCGAUUCAUUGUGAUCAACACUGGAUCGAUCAGGUACGACCUGCACCGAGGACUAUUCACCAAAGACACCGAGUAUAUUGUCUCGCCCUUCUCAAAUGAUUGGAAUUACUUGGAGGUUCCCUAUGCCCUUGCUAAAGAUGUCACAGCGUUUCUCAACAGAGGACCCACUUUAGUGAAAAAACUAUCUCCACCAGGGGUCAAUGCAGCUGGUCUGCAUCUUUCGACUCUCGAAAGCAAAGUCUGUCCUUUCAUAAGUAAUCCGUCUCUGUCCGAGGGUUAUACAACGAGUGACGAGUGCGGGUGCAAAGGAGAUGAUUCGAAGCACAGAAGCCAAAAAUAUUUUGAAGUGCCCUCCGUUGUUCAAUCAGAAGAAUUGAUUCCCUCGGUCGCAGCUGAUGACAAUGUCCACUUUGUAUUCUACAGUUUCAUUGAACCGUAUGUUUUACAGGCUCUGAAUUCCAUUAAUGGGGAGAGAAAAAUCGUUGACCAUCACUACACAUCAAAAGACUGCAAGCUUUACGGUGGGAAAUCUACCAAAGUCCUGCUCCAGGAAUAUUUCGGGGCCAGAAGUCAAAUAGAAUAA